AUGCGGAAGCAAACCAAACGCGGUAUCUAUGUCGUGCAAGAUACCCGCUCCGGAGGAGUCGGAGUCGUAGCCGUCGUAGUGGGAAUGAGACCAUCCACCGCCGCCACCGCCACCUCCUCCACCGCCACCUCCUCCACCGCCGCGUCCUCGCCCCCCUCUGCCGCCACGUCCACGCCCUCUUCCUCUUCCUCGAGAUAUACCUCUAGCUUGCCCUCCACGGCCGCCACCGCCACCUUCGUUGCCGCUGCUGCCACUACUGCUGCUGCUGUCACCGCCUCCGCCUCCACCGCGGCCUCUUCCCAGGCCACGACCUCUUCCAGGCCCACCGCCUCCUCUCCCACUGAGAUAUCUGACAACGACAGGCCCUCUGACUCUUCGUAA